AUGGUUAAAUACUACACUGUACAACCCGGCUGGGUGCACCCGCAACGUCGACCCCCCUUUCGGCCUGCACCCUUUGCCUUGGUCGACAACCCCACAACAUCUUCAAGUGCAACUCCAGCAUGCUCUGGGACGGCUCACCAACCCAUUGCAGGAGAAACGAAGCUGGUCGCUUGGUCAACCCAAAAGGAACCGUCAUCUGCACCGACUGGCAGCGACCAGCAGGAUGCUCCAGCACAACCCACGAUUCCAAACACGAGUGCUCGGGAUGCGGACAGGCCUCUCAUGGAGCUCAGAAGUGCCCUCGAGCUCAAGCAGCAUAAUCCAGGAAGCCCAUACAAAGCAGACGCAUGGAGGUGGCAUCUCGAGGCAACAGGCCUCAUCCACCAAUAUCCAACCCUUCCGUCCGAUUUUGAGCAAGGUUUUGAUGUCGGAAUUCCUGCUAUCUCCAGAACCUUCGCACCUGCCAAUAAAUCAUCAAUCGACACCUUCUCCGAGGAAUACAACCACAACAUCCAAAUUGAGUUCGAACGUGGGAGAUACAUUGGGCCAGCUUCCUGUGCGGAGGUUGAAGCCCUCCUGGGUCCCUUCCAGACUUCUCCGCUCUCUGUCAUUCCCAAGCCUGCUAAACCGGGCAAAUUUCGCCUCAUACAAAACCUCUCCUACCCUCUCAAAGCCAUUGACGGCGUCACUUCCAUCAACAGCGGCAUCAACUCAAACCAGUUCCCGUGCACCUGGGGAACCUUCUCCGUCAUCUGCCUUCUCAUCUCGCGGCUUCCCCCAGGCUCACAAGCAGCAGUUAGAGACGUCAAGGAAGCCUAUCGAACCAUUCCCAUCAAGCCCUCUCAAUGGCCAGGAUUGGUUGUACGACUGCGCGGUGAAGACCGUUUUGCAAUUGAUACCAGGAACUGCUUUGGACUUGCCUCGGGGGCAGGCUCCUAUGGGAUCGUUGGUGAUGCUGGUGCACAGGUCAUGCGAGCCAAUGGAAUCGGGCCUCUCUCGAAACCCAUCCCCCGACCAACCCCCAUCAUUGACCUCGUCGCGUACUCAGAUGCAAGCUCUGAAGUCGGCAUCGGCAUCACGAUUGGCCAAAAGUGGCGAGCCUGGCGACUCCUCCCAGGAUGGAAGGCAAACAACCGAGACAUCGGCUGGGCAGAGGCAACAAUCGAGGAGUCGUGGAAGGAUGGUGGAAAGGUCGCAGCAGGAACUGGCCAACAAACAGUAUCUUCCGUAUGUAAGGAGAACCCAGCUGACGGCCCUUCUCGUGGAGAAUAUGGCACGACGCAAGACCUCCUCCCUGCCAUCAACAUCCCCAAUCACCUCCAGCACUAUGUCGUCGAUUUCGACACACCUCAUACGCCAACGGAACUCCGCCUUGCACGAGAAGGCAAAGCAGCCCUCGCCGCCCCCAGGAUCAGCCCAGCCACACGACUCCUCCAACGCCAAAGCACCUCAGAGGGCCAGAUCCUCCAUGAAGAAGAAAUCCUCGCCCACUUCCAAGCCAGCAACCAAGCGGCACCACUUCUCUCCAGAGCACCGAAGCACAAAUGGAGGGCCAUACCAUCCACACUCCGCCCACACGUCUUUGCUCGAGAACGGCUUACACGUUGGAGACCAACCACGGUCCGUACUGCCACUGACAACCAGGGCCGGCCCACCCAUCUCUCCGCUGAAGACCUGGCCCGCAUUCUCGAGGUAAUGGCCGGGGCGUGGGCGGAUGGGACUCUGGAAGUCUAUGGGACAGGCCUCCUCACCUGGCACGCCUUCUGCGACAAGAACGGAGUUAGUGAGGAUCAGAGGGCCCCAGCCUCACCCCUCCUCAUCACCUCUCUCAUAGCCACCCUCUCAGGUGCUUUCUCUGGUGGCACCAUCGCCAACUACGUCUAUGGCAUCCGGGCAUGGCACAUCCUGCAUGGGGUCCCAUGGAAGAUGGUCGACCCUGAACUGGAGGCACUGCUCAAGGCCGCAGAAAAAGCAACCCCACCCACAUCAAAGAGGAAGCGAACACAAAAGAUUUCAUGGUUGCUUCGCGGUCAGCUAGACCUCUCAACGCCCCUCCAUGCUGCCGUUUAUGCCUGCUUGACAACCACAUUCUGGUCAGCUGCCCGAGUUGGUGAGUUCACGGUCAAAAACCUGACAAGCUUCGACGCAAACAAACAUGUCAAACCCUCAAACGUUACAACCACGACAGACCAGAACGGCUUCGAAACAACCGAGUUCUUCAUCCCCUCCACAAAGUCUGAACCCACCAACGGAGAGACAGUCUCAUGGUCGAGACAGAACGGAGACACAGACCCGGAGACUGCAUUCCACAACCACAUAGAUGUCAACUCACUGCCAAAUGGUGGCCACCUCUUUGCGUACAAAGUAGGCUCAGGAUACAAGCCACUGACAAAGCACAAGUUCAUUCAAAUUCUCACCACCGCAGCACGAGCAGCUGGCCUAGAGCCACUUCAAGGCCAUGGGAUCAGGAUUGGGUCAACACUCGAGUACCUCCUGAGGGGGAUUCCAUUUGAUGUGAUGAAAGCAAAGGGAAGGUGGGCAAGUGACGCCUUCCUCGUCUACCUCAGGAAGCAUGCCCAAAUCCUCGCACCAUACAUGCAAGCAGACCCAGUCCGCCAGGAAGAAUUUAUCAGGCUAACCAUGCCUCCACUACGCCGCCACUAA